AUGUCCAACACAAUGAGAGGCACGCCGAGUCGCGGCCAGCAGCGCGGUGCCAUCCCUUUCACGAACAGCCCUGCUGGCGGCUCCAACAUCCCCAGACCCGUGCUCGAUUCGCAUGGGGCAGGCCACAGCCAGCCCGUCCCCAACGAUGCUGCCUCCUCCAUCAGCGUGAGCGCCAGCAGACAAAAACAAAGCAAGCGUGACGAGGCAAUGGAGGCUCACUCAAAUCGCCAGGCUAUCCGUCGCAAGCUCGAAAAUGACCUCAACAAGAAGAAGCACCUCCCCAACCGGGCCCGCACGUCGCGAAAGGCUCCCCCCGGAACCGUCCUGGCCCUCAAGCCCAGUCCCGCCCUCCAGAUCAAGCCCAGCACCACCGUCGCCGAGGCCGCACAGUUGAUGGCCGCCAAGAGAGAGGAUUGCGUGCUGGUGACAGAUGACGAUGACCGCAUUGCCGGUAUCUUUACCGCCAAGGAUCUUGCAUUCCGAGUUGUUGGUGACGGACAGAAGGCAGUCAACGUGACCAUUGCCGAGAUUAUGACCAAGAACCCUCUUUGCGCCCGCACCGACACCAGUGCCACAGAUGCCCUCGAGCUCAUGGUUAGAAAGGGCUUCCGACACUUGCCCGUCAUGGACGAGAACCAAGAUAUUGUGGGUAUUCUGGAUAUCACAAAGUGUUUCUAUGAUGCCAUGGAGAAGCUGGAGCGCGCCUAUUCCUCCUCGACCAAGCUGUACGCUGCCUUGGAGGGUGUUCAGUCCGAGCUGGGCUCUAGCCAGCCUCAACAGAUUAUUCAGUACGUUGAGGCUCUGAGGUCAAAGAUGUCUGGACCCACGCUCGAGUCCGUCCUCAACGGCAUGCCCCCUACUACUGUCAGCGUCAGGACUUCGGUCAAGGAGGCUGCAGCACUCAUGAAGGAGAACCACACAACAGCCGUGCUCGUUCAGGAUCAAGGAUCGAUUACUGGUAUCUUCACCAGCAAGGAUGUUGUUCUUCGUGUCAUUGCCCCCGGAUUGGACCCGGCAAACUGCAGCGUCGUGCGUGUCAUGACGCCUCACCCCGACUUUGCUCCCAUGGACAUGUCGAUCCAGGCCGCUCUGCGCAAGAUGCACGAUGGCCACUACCUCAACUUGCCCGUCAUGAACGACCAGGGCGAGAUUGUAGGAAUGGUCGAUGUACUCAAGCUCACCUAUGCUACCCUGGAGCAAAUCAACACCAUGUCGACUGGCGACAACGAGGGUCCCGCUUGGAACAAGUUCUGGCUCUCCUUUGACAACGAAACCGAGUCCAUGGUGUCUGGUGAGGGUUCCCACCACCACACUGUCCACACCCGCUCCGUCAUGUCGCCAGACCACACCCGCGACCGCCUUAACGAGUCUGUCGCUCCCGGAGAUUCGGCAUCGCACAUUGGCGUGGACUCGCCCGCCCAUUCCCUUGCUGGUGGACUGGAAGCUCCCCCGGCCGAGAUUCCCUUUGCCUUCAAGUUCAAGGCUCCCAGCGGCCGUGUUCACCGAUUGCAAGUAAUUGCAGCUCAAGGUAUCGAGGCCUUGGUGAGCAACGUUAUCGCAAAGCUCGGUUCCGAGGUCGACGCCAUUGGCGGUGCACCAGUUGUCGAAGAUGGCAAGGUUGGAGCUAGCGGCUUUGCCCUCUCCUAUCUCGAUGACGAGGGCGACUCUGUCUCCAUUACCACUGACCAGGAUCUUCUGGAAGCUAUUCUUCUCGCCCGCCAGACCCACCACGAAAAGGUCGACCUUUUUGUGCACGACCCAUCCCAGCCGCCAAUCAACGUCGCUGCACCUCAACCCAUUCCAGAGCUCCCGACCCCUCCCGCAAGCUCGGCAGUUGCUAGCGACGUGCGCAGACGCCGUGCCCCCGUUGAGGACGAGGAGGACGAGAGUGAGGAUGAGGAAUACGCAUCUACAGUCCGCCGACGCAAGACAAGAAACGGUGGCAAUGCCCACGUUGAAAAGGAGGUCAUUGCUGGUGUGCCGAAUGAGCUGCUUUUGCCCGGUGCCAUUGUUACGCUGGCUAUUGUCAUUGUCGGUGUCUUUGCCAUUACAAGAGCUACCAGCAGGUAA